AUGUCUCAAUUUCACUAUCACGCUUACCGAUUAGAACAACACGCGCUCGUCGGGCUGCCUCAGCAACUACGACUUCUCGGGCUCGCCGCAGCAGACGCUGUCGAUGAUUUCCGGGUCAAACAGCCUCGGAGACGGCGGCGGGCCAGAGCCCCGGGCUCAGCGUAUCGUGCGCACAUCGUCACUGCGCUGUCAUCACCCAUGGCGAUAUACACGAGCUUCGACACCGACGCCUUCCUCGAACGCUGUGACCCCCGCAACAGGCGCACCUGCGCGCGCGACGGUGACAGUGACGCCAAGUUGGCAGCGCACCCGUGGAUCAUGAUGCCGACGGACGGGGCUGCAGUUGGGCGCAUCCGCCACCGCAUCCCUGCCCCUGGGCCCUCACACACCUUGGGAUCAUGUUUCCCUGCACAGACCGGACGAUGCUCGCACCACAUCGAGAUUGAUGCUAUCACCGGGGGCGGGAUCACAUAA